AUGGCAGAGCUUUUGCAAAAUCCGAAGGACAUGAAGAUCGUACAAGAUGAGUUACAAGAAGUCGUAGGUCUAAACAACAUUGUUGAAGAAUACCAUCUCCCAAAAUUACAAUAUCUAGAUGUGGUGAUUAAGGAAACAUUUCGGUUACACCCUCCAAUUCCUCUUUUGAUACCACGAUCUCCAAAUGAAUCAUGCAAGCUUGGUGGAUACAUUGUCCCGAAGGGUGCGAACGUCUUUAUAAACAUCUCGCCCAUACAUAUGGAUCCUCGAUAUUGGGAUAAUCCUUUGGAAUUUAAUCCAAAUAGGUUCAUGAGUCUUGAUGGUACAACUAAAUUCGAUUAUAGAGGAUACAAUUCCAACUUUAUGCCAUUUGGGUCGGGGAGAAGAAUUUGUCCAGGAGUCCCCAUGGGUGAGAGAAUGUCGGCAUAUUUGUUGGCUUCGAUGUUGCACUCGUUUGACUGGAGUUUACCAUUUGGCAAAGAGCAUGAUCUCUCAGGCUUUUGA